AUGUGCAAAGCCUUCCCGCAAACGCUGACUAAUGCUGCUAGGGAUUGGUUCUCGACAUUGGAGCUUAACUCCAUAGCCUCAUUCUCAGAUUUGGCCGAUAAGUUCUCAGCCUUCUUUGCAAGUAGAAUGGGAAUCAGAAAGACUGCGGCCUCUCUCAUGCAACUUCGCCAGGGACUAAGUGAAACCCUACUAGGAUUUAUGACAAGGUUUGACAAAGAAAUGUUUCAACUACCCGACCUUCACAUCACAGCGAUUGUCUUCGCCCUCACUUACGCCAUAAGAUGUGAAGCUUUCAAGAUGUCCUUAUCAAAGACCCCACCGCAGACAGUGACCGAGCUCCUCACCUAA